GGUCCUUGUGUUUCUCUUGAUCCCUUCAGCCGUUGUCCUUCGACUGAGCGCAGAAAGUGUAAUUGUGAAAUGAGCGCGCCGGGCGGAGACGAAGAUACGGGGAUGGCGUCCACUCAGCACACCCCUCAGGCACCGACCUUUGAAGACGUGGCAGUGUAUUUCUCGCAGGAGGAGUGGCAAUGUCUUCAGCUAAAAGAAAAAGAAAUAUAUAAAGACGUGAUGAUGGAAAACUUCUGCUAUCUGGUGUUUCUGGGUUACAACACUGCCAAACCGGAAAUUAUAUCCAUGAUCGAGAAGGGGGAGGAGCCCUGGAUUUCAGCGCAGCAGGCGCCAAAGUUACCGUGGAGCUGUCCAGAUGAUCCGGUAUGGCAGUCAGCUCAGCACGCCACGUCUGGAGCCCGAAGGUCUGGUGAUACUGACGAGUUACCACAUCCAGAUAACACCGUACAGUCAGAUGGACAGGAGCGGCUGCUUCCCUGUGCUGAGCCCAGACGGACGUUUCCUAAUAAGCUCUCCUAUAGAAAACAUCAGAAGCCCCUGACCUCGGUGAAGCCGUACCACUGCCAUGAAUGUAGAAAGAGCUUCAGCACCAAAUCUCAUCUUGUCAGGCAUUUGGUCACUCACUCUGACAGGAAACCGCUGGUCUGUCCUGAAUGUGGGAAAUGUUUUCUGCAAUACUCAACGUUCUUCUUACAUGGCAGGAUCCACUGUGGGGAGACACAGAUGUCUAAUCUGGUCAGACAUGAGAGAACUCACUCUGGACAGAAGCUGUUCGCCUGCACCGUGUGCGGUAAAAGCUUUAACAUCAGUUCAAGUCUGGUCAAACACCUGCGGAUCCACACGGGAGAGAAGCCGUACGCCUGCUCCGUGUGCGGGAAGAGCUUCAGGCAGAAGUCCCAUCUGGACAAACAUAAAAUCAUCCAUUCUGAAGAGAAGUUUUUCUAUUGCUGGGAGUGCGGGAUCCACUCCUCGUCUGCCGCGGACCACGCCAAACAUAAGCUAAUGCACUCCAGCCAUAAGCCGUUCUCCUGCUCCGAAUGCCAAAGGCGAUUUAGGUGGAAGUCGUCCCUCUUAGAACACAUGAGGAUUCACACGGGCGAGAAGCCAUUUUCUUGCUCACAAUGCACAAAGAGUUUUCGUUGGAAGUCUUCCCUUGUGGAACACCAACGUGUCCACUCCGUCGACAAACUCUUCUCCUGCCCUGAAUGUGGUAAAUCCUUCUAUAAACGCUCCAAUCUGGAGCAACAUCAAAGAAGCCACACGGGAGAGAAGCCCUAUGCCUGCUCAGACUGCGACAAGCAGUUUAGCCGCAAUAGACACUUGGUACGCCAUCGGGCGGUGCACAUUGAAGAUGCCCGGUUUUCUUGUGCUGACUGUGGAAAGUGCUUUACUCGGGAGGUGGCACUGACUCGGCACCAAAAAGUCCACAAUAAGAAGAUUUGCCCAGCCAAGGAUUGUGGGAAAGUCUUUACCUACCAAUCCGAACUCCUGAAGCAUCUGAGAGCUCACUCCGGGGAGAAGCAGUAUUCCUGUUCAGUUUGUCACCAGUCCUUCAGCAGCAUCUCCAAACUUCUUAGCCAUCAGCAGGUUCACACCGGAGUGAAGUCUCACACCUGCUCCGAAUGUCACAAAUGGUUUGCCCAGAAGUCGUCCCUCAUCAAACACCUGAGAACCCACAGCGGAGAGAAGCCAUUCGAGUGCUCAGUCUGUAAGAAACGCUUCAGCCAGAAGUCCCAUGUGGUCAAACAUGAGAAGGUUCACACCAGAGUCAAGCAGUUUCCCUGCCAGGACUGUAGUAACAUUUUUCUGACUAAGUCUGAUCUGACCAGACACCUGAUAAUCCACACAGGAAGUAAACCCUUCUCUUGUUCUGUGUGUGGGAAAAGCUUCUGUACAAAGUCCAACCUUAAACAGCAUGUGAGGACUCACACAGGGGAGAAGCCAUUUUCUUGCCUUAAUUGUGAGAAACGCUUCAGUACCAAAGCCCACCUGCUCCGACACCAGGUCAUUCAUGAGGCAGAGAAGUCGCUCAUCUGUUCUGAAUGUGGGAAAACGUUCAAGCAGCACUCUACCCUUGCCCAACACCAGAAGGUGCACAAAGGCCUUGGUCCAUUUUCAUGUUCUGUGUGCGGGAAAGUCUUCUCCCAGAACUCAGGUCUAGAGGAACACAUGAGAACGCACGCUGGGGAGAAGCGAUACACCUGCUCCGAGUGUGGAAAAUCUUUCACCGUCAGUUUGGCUCUUAUUAACCAUAGGAGAAUCCAUACCGAGGAGAAACCGUUCUCGUGUUCAAGUGUCUCAAACGGUUCAGUCAGAAGUGGCAGCUAGAUCGACACAGAAGUGUCCACCGUGAGGAGAAACUUUACACCCGCGGGUAGUGUGGUCAGGGCUUCACCGAAAGCUCCAGGUUGAGCAACCAUCAGGCCGUCCACUGAGGACACAAAUCAUUCUUCUGUCUUCAGUGCCAGAAGAGCUUCAACUGGAAGUAGUCUCUCAUAGAGCACAGCCACCUCCAUACAGGGGAGAGGCCAUACGUGUGCCCUUUGUACGGGCUUGGCCAUUCCAGGAGGUCCGCCAUGAUGAAACACCGACUCACACAGGAGAGCCGGAUAAGUGUGCACCCCAAAAAACAAAUAAUUCACUUCAGCCAGGAACAUUGUAGUCACAUUGGUGUAAAACUGGAAAUCAAAGUGGAAGAAGAUUGGGGCCACCAUGAGAUCCCAAAAUCACUCCCAUCAUCCUUAGAGCCUCCAUACAGAACGUGUCAAGGUGACAAUACAGAACACAUCCAGCUGACCAUUCCUUGGGUUUCCUAUAUCUCCGGGCGCUCAGCUCUUCACCUAUCAAUAGGGAAACAGCAAGAAUACAAAACAAUAUAAAUCUUUAUUGAGAACAUAUAUCGCAAAAACAUGACUUAAGAAAUAGAGGCACAAUGUACAUCGCAGGAGGUAGAGACAGUAACGGUGGAUAUAUAGUAGGAUACAAUACAUCCAUGGGACAUAAUAAAAGAAAAGCUACAAAGAUAAUAGUGAUAUGUCCCAAAAUGUAAAGGAAUAAACAGUACAUCGAGCAAUUAACCCAGCGUGUUGAGCACGAAUAUUUGUAAUGCAAAUUUUUAUUGCGAAUAUUGGCACUUCGCAAUUUCGAGAAUAUUUAGAAUCUAGUGCUAUAUAUACGUAAUGACAAUUAUUUUUUUCACAUGCAAAUUUUUUAUGCGAAUUUUGCAUGCAAAUUUUUGUAUGGAGAAAUUUUUAUUUACAAACCUAGCCAAUAUGCAAAUUUCGCGAACAUAGGAUGAAUUAUCGUCAAUAUAUUCUCGAAAUAUCGCAAAUUCGAAUAUGGCCCCUGCCGCUCAUCACUCUUCAGUAAGGGCGUGGCUAACUCUGAUUCCAGGACCAGUAUAAAAAGAGAGAAACAGCCAAUCAUUGAAGAGUAUCCUGAGAUUGAUGACCAAUUGGUCCCAUAGAGGCCCAUACCCAUAAUACAUAAAGUAAACCUCGCACCUCAUGUAAAUUUCGUGCAUAUACUGUGGUGUCUGACAUCAUAACCGCCUGAGUGCCGAGUUGGGCGGAAAUGUUCAGAGGCGGAAGUCCGCACGGUCAUGUGAUCGGAGUCCUAUGAAAGCCGAAUAUGGCCAUAUAAUCACGUCAGGGAAGAUCGGGCACAUGCACAAUGGAUCCAAACCGACACAGACAGGCACAAUACAAAGAUGUAUAAAUACUCAGUAACACACCACAGCGACAAAACCGUAAUGCAUAUAAAUCGUGAACACACGUGAAAAGAAUAAAGAAAGGUAAGUAUGUACGGCUAGAAAAAGAAUGAAAUAUUAAGAGAAAAUGAGAAAACACAAGUGAAUGUAUACAUGAUGAAUGGGGGAUAAAAACAAGAUAAACGUACGCAUAAGAAAUAUAUAUAUGUGUAUAUGGUAACUAAAAAUAAAUAAAUAAUUAUGAGUGAAUGAGAUGCAAAAGUGGCAUAGAAGGAACAUACUGUAUGCACGUGUUCACAAGUAACUAACACAUAAAACAGUGCUUCCCAACCAGGGUGCCACCAGCUGUUGCAAAACUACAACUCCCAGCAUGCUCGAACAGCCGUUGGCUGUCUGGGCAUGCUAGGAGUUGUAGUUUUGCAACAGCUGGAAGCAGACAUAAAGUGAACAUGUGUGUGCAGAAGAGAAAUAAUGAGUGAGAAAGUAAUAAUUAUGGAAAAAUAUAAAAAAAAAAAAUGAUUAACAAAAAAUAUGAAAAAAAGUAUUAAAAAUGUUUAAUAAAUAAGAAAUAAAAGAAAAAUAAACAAAAUAUAAAAAUAAAAAAUGGAAAAGAGAAAAUAAAUGGGAUGUGUAUGUGAAUAAAUGAAAAGGUCUGAAAAAUAGAAAGAAAGAAAAAUGUGUAGAUGGAAUUAUGUAAAAGAGAAAGAAAUAGAGAUUCACUGCAAUAAGUAGCACCAAAAAAUCACACACUCAGAAUUUUUAUUAUGCUCAAAUAUUAAAUAACAGAACAGUGUAUUGCACACACAUUACUCAGUACAAAAGAGAUUAAAAACAUCUAAAAAAAACUGACUCAGAAGAGCCAGUGCACAACCUAGGAGAGGGGCCAUGAACCCCCUCACCUAAAGACACCCGUCCUCAAUGCACAAUAAUAGAAUGUAGAAUAGUCUCUACAGUACUGGAGCCUGACAGUCCACUUGCUCAAUUAAACAAUAAAGAAUGCACAAUGAAAGUUUUAAUUUGUGUUAGUUAGAAACACUAUAAUCUCGAUACGUAUGGACAAGAAGCAAGCGUCCCAGACCGGAGUGAGGCAAUAUGGGAUCCACAAUGCAAAGACAGAGGACGGGGGUCACAAAAUACCCCACGCGUUCCGUCGCCUAAAUGGCAACUUCCUCAAGGGUGAUGGGAGAUGGAAUUAUGUACGCUCAAAUGGAACCACCCAAUAGACAAGUGUCUUCAUAAUGAUCAUAAUGUGCAAAAAUACGAAGUGUAUAUUUAUUAAUAAAACAGAUAUACAGUACAAAACGACCACUAAAACAAUAGCAGAAAAAGAUUUAUAGUAUAGUAGGUCAGAAUGGACCAGUCAUAAAUAUCAAAAUAAUAUAUGGUAUUAAAAACCUAUGGAUAAAGAAGCGCACCGCUAAUAUAUGGAUAAAGAAGCGCACCGCUAAUAUAUGGAUAAAGAAGCUCACCGAUAAUAUAUGGAUAAAGAAGCUCACCGCUAAUAUAUGGAUAAAGAAGCUCACCGAUAAUAUAUGGAUAAAGAAGCUCACCGCUAAUAUAUGGAUAAAGAAGCUCACCGAUAAUAUAUGGAUAAAGAAGCGCACCGAUAAUAUAUAAAUAUAUAUAAUCUCAUAAAGUGUGACAGUAUUAACUCUGCAUUCACUCACUGAGAGUAAGAACGACCAGACGGCCAAUAAAAUACAUGAGGAUGGACAGAUGGGAGAGGACGGAUCAAAAGAAAUGAAAAAAGAAAAAACCUUAGAAAAGGAUUAAAACAACUUACUAUAAAAUCCGACAUAGACACGAGCGGAUGAAAGGCUACACGGAAUAAAGGAUAUUGGUAGGAACUCACAGAAAUGGAGCAGAAAUAAUAUCAUCGUUUAAGCCCAAUGGUUGCAUUGUCCUCUUUCACCAUGCAUUAACCUCACGUUGUGCCAAUAGUCUUCCAAUCCCACCUCUUGGACUAAUACAAAUCCUGUCUAUUUCCCGAAAUGUAGGUCCCGAAGCAUCCCCAUUGUGUAGUAUGAAAUGGCGCAGAAUGGUUGUAAGGCUGGAUAUAUCUUCAUGGUUCUCUGCAGCUUGGAUUCCCAAAACACGUUCACGUAUUCUAUGUUUGAGCUCACGGGUUGUGAGGCCAAUAUGGAUGAAACCACACGGACACGUGGCAUGGUAGUGACUCCAAUGGGAUUGCACGAAAUACUGUGUGUGGUCACAUGUUGCUUUGUACCACUGGAGUUAGAGAAAUGGGGAUCAGAUGUUAUUGCAUGCAAUAUAUUUAUCGCAGGGGCCACAACCCCAUUUGGGGUCUUUAGAACCAAAGAUUUUCUUGGUCGGGUACCAGGGUGGUGACUGUAUAAGUGUGUACUGGAGAUUGGAGAUCUCCUGUAUGUUAUUGAGGGGUAUCCUUGAAUACACACUGUAUAUGCCUUUUAUACCUAUAUACCUUUAGCAUGGGAUCUAAAGUUAAUGUCCCAAUACUUUGCAUUCGCUGUCCUUCAUUGUCAUGUGAACAGAGGUAAUAAAUCUCACCUGCUCCCGCCGGUCUAGGUUGUAGAGGGGCACUGCCAUUGUUGGA